CAGGGCUGGGGAGCUACUGCUGAGGGCGGGGCAGGGCACCUAGCUCUCCCUCCUCUUCCCUUGCUGCUGCCGCCUCCGCCACCUCCUCCUCCUCCUCCUCCUCCUCCCCUCCCCUCGGAGAUCGCAGGCGGGCUUGGCGGCGGCUUGGGCUCGCGCGCUCUGGGGUGGGGUGGGGGGACCCUGUGCGGCUAGCAAGGAAGCAGUGGUGCUGGCGGCGGCGGCGCUCGCCGUGUGGGGCUUGGCGGCGUUGGAAGCUGAGAUUUUAUUUCAUUUUCAUCUGAAGUGGAAUGAAGGAACAGACUAUGGGACUACACUCAAGAUAACGAUCCUGGAAAAGGUGUCUAAUGGCUGUCUUCUCUUUGGGUGGUUUAUAUCUGAACUUUUGAUGGUUUUCAUAUCUGAAGGAUUAAUUUUCCUUUCGGAAAUAUUUUUUGGGAGAAAUUGUUCCUCCCUGGAAACAACUUCCUCCCUUUGAACGCUGAACAUCAUGGGAGAUAUGGCUAACAACUCAGUUGCAUACAGUGGUGUAAAAUACACUAUAAAAGAUUCUAAUCAUGGAGACUUUGGCAUCACACUUGAAGAGCUUCGUGCUCUUAUGGAAUUGCGUGCUGCAGAUGCAUUGAAUAAAAUACAAGAAUGCUAUGGAGAUGUGUAUGGAAUUUGUACAAGAUUGAAAACUUCUCCAAAUGAAGGCUUGAGUGGAAACCCAGCAGAUAUAGAGAGGAGAGCAACUGUAUUUGGGAAGAACUUUAUACCUCCUAAAAAGCCAAAAACAUUUCUUCAAUUAGUAUGGGAAGCACUGCAGGAUGUUACAUUAAUUAUAUUAGAAAUUGCAGCCAUAGUAUCAUUGGGCCUUUCUUUUUACCAACCUCCAGGAGGGAAUGAAGCAUUAUGUGGAACAGUAUCAGUUGGAGAAGAAGAAGAAGAGGGUGAAACGGGCUGGAUUGAAGGAGCUGCAAUCCUCCUCUCUGUCGUUUGUGUGGUAUUAGUCACAGCUUUCAAUGACUGGAGUAAAGAGAAACAAUUUAGGGGGUUGCAAAGCCGCAUUGAACAAGAACAGAAGUUUACUGUCAUCAGGGGUGGCCAAGUCAUCCAGAUUCCUAUAGCUGACAUAGUUGUUGGUGAUAUUGCACAAGUAAAAUAUGGUGAUCUUUUACCAGCAGACGGUGUACUUAUACAAGGGAACGACCUCAAAAUUGAUGAAAGCUCACUGACUGGAGAAUCUGAUCAUGUUAAGAAAACAUUGGAUCGUGAUCCUAUGUUGCUCUCAGGUACACAUGUAAUGGAAGGUUCUGGAAGAAUGGUAGUUACUGCUGUAGGUGUAAAUUCACAAACUGGGAUUAUCUUUACUUUGCUUGGUGCUGGAUCUGAUGAUGAAGAAGAAAAGAAGGAAAAAGAGAAAAAGGACAAGAAAAGUAAAAAACAAGAUGGUGCUAUUGAAAAUCGUAACAAAGCAAAAGCUCAAGAUGGUGCAGCCAUGGAAAUGCAGCCCCUGAAGAGUGAAGAUGGUGCUGAUGGAGAUGACAAAAAACGAAACAACAUGCCCAAGAAAGAGAAAUCUGUUCUGCAAGGAAAACUCACUAAGUUAGCAGUUCAGAUUGGCAAAGCAGGUUUGCUGAUGUCUGCAAUCACGGUAAUCAUCCUUGUGUUAUAUUUUGUGAUUGAUACAUUCUGGGUCCAGCGACGUCCUUGGCUUGCUGAAUGCACACCAAUAUAUAUUCAGUAUUUUGUAAAGUUUUUCAUCAUUGGUGUUACUGUCCUGGUUGUGGCAGUUCCAGAGGGUCUUCCACUUGCGGUCACUAUCUCACUGGCUUACUCUGUAAAGAAAAUGAUGAAGGAUAAUAACUUGGUCAGACAUCUGGAUGCUUGUGAAACAAUGGGAAAUGCAACUGCCAUUUGUUCAGAUAAAACGGGAACAUUAACAAUGAAUAGAAUGACAGUAGUCCAGGCUUACAUAAGUGAAAAACAUUAUAAAAAAAUUCCAGAGCCACAAGCUAUUCCUGAGAAAACUUUGUCAUACCUUGUAACGGGAAUCUCUGUUAAUUCUGCGUAUACUUCUAAAAUCCUGCCUCCGGAAAAGGAAGGUGGUCUGCCUCGUCAUGUUGGUAAUAAAACUGAAUGUGCCUUGCUGGGACUACUUUUGGAUUUGAAACGGGAUUAUCAAGAUGUUAGAAAUGAAAUACCAGAAGAGGCCCUUUACAAAGUCUACACCUUCAACUCUGUUAGAAAAUCUAUGAGUACUGUGUUAAAGAAUUCUGAUGGCAGUUUCCGGAUAUUCAGCAAGGGUGCCUCGGAGAUAGUACUUAAAAAGUGCUUCAAGAUAUUAAGUGCAAAUGGGGAACCGAAAGUAUUCCGACCAAGAGAUCGUGAUGAUAUUGUAAAAACUGUGAUUGAACCUAUGGCCUCAGAGGGACUCAGAACCAUAUGCCUGGCAUUCAGAGACUUCCCAGCUGGAGAACCUGAGCCAGAAUGGGACAAUGAAAAUGACAUAGUCACUGGUCUUACAUGCAUUGCUGUUGUAGGCAUUGAAGAUCCUGUGAGGCAUGAGGUACCAGAUGCAAUAAGAAAAUGCCAGCGUGCUGGUAUAACUGUACGUAUGGUUACUGGUGAUAAUAUUAACACUGCCCGUGCUAUUGCUUUAAAAUGUGGCAUUUUGCAUCCUGGUGAAGAUUUCUUAUGCCUAGAAGGCAAAGAAUUCAAUAGAAGAAUACGUAAUGAAAAAGGAGAGAUCGAACAGGAGCGAAUAGACAAAAUUUGGCCAAAACUCCGUGUGCUUGCAAGAUCCUCCCCAACUGACAAACACACCUUGGUAAAAGGUAUAAUAGACAGCACUGUUUCAGAACAGAGGCAAGUUGUAGCAGUGACUGGUGAUGGUACUAAUGAUGGCCCUGCCUUGAAAAAAGCAGACGUUGGCUUUGCGAUGGGUAUUGCUGGAACUGAUGUAGCUAAAGAAGCUUCUGAUAUCAUUCUUACAGAUGACAACUUCACAAGUAUUGUUAAAGCAGUUAUGUGGGGACGAAAUGUGUAUGACAGCAUCUCCAAAUUCCUUCAGUUCCAGCUUACUGUCAAUGUGGUAGCUGUCAUAGUUGCUUUCACAGGAGCAUGUAUUACACAAGAUUCUCCACUUAAAGCUGUUCAGAUGUUAUGGGUAAAUCUUAUAAUGGACACACUGGCUUCACUGGCUUUGGCAACGGAACCCCCUACAGAAGCUCUAUUGCUGAGAAAACCUUAUGGCCGAAAUAAACCUCUCAUCUCUCGAACAAUGAUGAAGAAUAUUCUGGGACAUGCUUUCUAUCAGCUUGUGGUUGUUUUUACACUUCUGUUUGCUGGGGAAAAAAUAUUUGACAUUGAUAGUGGAAGAAAUGCACCUCUUCACGCUCCCCCAUCAGAGCACUAUACAAUUGUAUUCAAUACAUUUGUGAUGAUGCAGCUUUUUAAUGAAAUAAAUGCUCGAAAGAUUCAUGGUGAAAGGAAUGUAUUUGAAGGAAUUUUCAAUAAUGCAAUAUUCUGCACUAUAGUUCUUGGCACAUUUAUUGUACAGAUUGUUAUUGUGCAGUUUGGUGGGAAACCUUUCAGUUGUUCAGAGCUUACAGUAGAACAAUGGCUAUGGUCAAUUUUUCUAGGAAUGGGAACACUUCUUUGGGGCCAAUUGAUAUCAACAAUCCCCACCAGCCAUUUGAAAUUCCUUAAGGAAGCUGGCCAUGGAACACAGAAGGAAGAGAUUCCAGAAGAAGAGCUAGCAGAAGAUGCAGAGGAGAUAGAUCAUGCUGAAAGAGAACUACGGCGUGGUCAGAUCUUGUGGUUUAGGGGCCUAAACAGAAUACAAACUCAGAUGGGAUGCUCCUUUCUCUUGUUCUCUCUCUCUCUUGCUGAGCAAGCUGUCACAAUCUCUGAUUCCUUGCAGAUGGAUGUAGUGAAUGCUUUCCAGAGUGGAACUUCCAUUCAGGGGGCUCUAAGGCGGCAACCUUCCAUCGCCAGCCAGCAUCAUGAUAUCCGAGUGGUGAAUGCGUUUCGUAGUUCCUUAUAUGAAGGAUUGGAAAAACCUGAGACACGAAGUUCAAUUCACAGUUUUAUGACACAUCCAGAGUUUAGAAUAGAAGAUUCUGAGACUCAUAUUCCCCUUAUUGAUGAUACUGAUGCUGAAGAUGAUGCUCCAACAAAACGCAACUCAACUCCUCUACCACCCUCUCCCAACAAAAAUAAUAAUGCAGUUGACAGUGGAAUUCAUCUUACAACAGACUUGAAGAAGUCUGCUACCUCUUCAUCCCCAGGGAGCCCACUACAUAGUUUGGAAACAUCCCUCUGAUUGUAAGCCGAAUGUUAACACAUUAGCUGCAUCGUAAAGAAACAAAUUGAAACUGGGUCUCCUCACUCAUUGUGAUGGACAAGAUGGUAUUCUUGUCUUGGACUUCAACAAGAAGAUACACUUGUACGAAUGUAGAUUUAUUUUUUUAAAAAAAAGCUUUCUGCCAGACUUGAGGGUGCUUUUUUUGGGGAGGGGGGGAGAGAAAUAAUGAACUCUGACAGAUAAACAGUAACUUGGCUAAAGUGACCUGUGGAUCAUCAGCUGUACUUAAGAAAGGCCCUUAAGAAUGUCUUAGCAGAGCUUUAGUUUCUCAUUCCUUUUGAGGAGAGAGCUGGAAUGUGCAAGAUUGCACUGGAUCACUGAAUUGAUAACUUUCAUUUCUGCUGUUGGCUGUUAAUAAUUUGGAUUAUUUAUGUUUAUAAAUGACACAGAUCUGUUUACAAGGUUUGUAGAUACUUUUUUGUUCCUGUUCAUAUAUGGGAAGCUUCCUUAUAAAUGAUGCAGAAAAAAAACUAGUCCAUCAAAUACUGCUGUAUUUUCAGGAAAGGGUGUUUCUAUUGAAACUGUACUAAAUUUUUGCCUGCAAUUUACCUUGUUAAAUAUUGUAGAUAAAAUUGCUACUACUAAUAGCCAAAUAGGUAACACUAAUGCUUUGUAAAAACCAUGAGCAGUGGUGUUCUAAUGAAGUUAUGGCCUCUGUCCUAAUUAGUUUCUUAAACAUUUACUACUUAAUGGUUUUGAAACAACUGUAAAAUUUUUAAAAAUUGAGAAACUUACUGAGUAACUUCUGUUCAGAAUUUAGUAGAGGAUUGUUUAAUGCAGGACAAUGUGAUGGAACUUGCUUGAAAUACUUUUGUUAUCUCAGGCAAAAUGGAUUAAAUCAAAAUACAUCAGAACUUUAGUCCUUCCUGUUUUUGUUUAAACCAAGUAGCUUAUUGCUGUCCUGGUGAACUGUGAGUAGAGCUGUUUAUUUUUCUGAUCCUGAGUAUCCUUACAGCAUGAGGGCUGCUGGCAUUUGGAAAGUUCUGAACAGGUAGCAUACAUGUUUUCUUCUCCUUUUAAAAUUCAUUUAUAUAAAAAUAAAUCAACCCUUUUGUUAAAAUAAACAUGCAGCAACAUGUGUUACAGGAUUCAGCACCUUAACAAAGAAUAGAUGUAAGCUUAAUUUAGAAAGGAAAUUAACGAGGUUUUUAAAUAAAAAUGGUCCAUCUCAUUGGUGAAACAGAUGAGACUUGCAAACAGUUCAGGCAGGAAACUUUAUCAAAGCUAAAGGAGUUGAUAUUGGUAGCGAAAUGUGUUUUUUUAUAAGAUUACCCUUGACUAGUUACAAAAAAGCCAAUAGUCAGAAAUGUAGUUAGGUGACAAAUAAUGAUUACUGUUUAAGUAAUCUGGGGGCCAAAAACAGUCCAGAUAGCAAAAAGCUGAAUAACAUGUGCUUGAGUUUUUGAAAACUGGAGACUUUUCUAAAGGAAACUUUUUGUUACAGUCCAUUCUUCCUUUUAGUGUUUUUCUGCCUCUGCCAUUUUCUCCUCUAAAAAGAUCUCAAAUACUUUUUUCCUUUUGCUGGCAGAGCCAAACAAAGGAAAAAGAAUAAGCACUCCGAUAGGGAGUUUGAUGAAAGCACUGCCAAGUGGAAAAGAGAAACUGCAUCCUUCAGUAGCUUCUUUGUGUUCUGACUCAUAGCUGAAAGAACUAGGCUUCAUCCUGGUGUUAGAAGAGGAUUAUAAGAACCAUACUCUAAGGGAACAUAGCAUGUAUAAUCUUAGGAGGGUGGGCAUUGACCUGUCCAGGCAAAUAAUCCUGGGAAAGUCGGGUUAGCAAGGGAGAAGAAAAAGAAUCCACCAUAAAUGUUCUGUGCAGAGUUAAACAUAGAAGGAGAUGGCCACACCUGUGAGUGUUGGUUUGUUGUCUGGAGAGGUAGUGCCUGAGUCAAACAUACAUAACCACACCUCCAAGUGAAAUAUUUAGGACAAUGAUGUUGAAAUAAUUCUCUUUUCCAUGGACAGUACAGAUCCAUCCUGCAUUGUAUCCCACCGUUAACCACUCACUGAAGCAUCACUAAUUGUUUCUGUUUAGUUCAAUCUGGAAAAUUCACUUUAUAGUACCACAAUACUUGUAUUUCAUGUGGCAGUUAUUCCUAUGGUUCCAUUUUGUAACUGGAGAACCACCACAUUUUGGAACUAGAUAAUACUAUAAAGCAGGAAAAAGUGUGCCCAACACAUAAGGGGGAAUGGAGUUUACCUGCUGAAACUAUCUCAGCUACAUGAGACUGAGUGUAAUAGUGAAUGUUACCUUUAUACCUUGCCAUUUGAACAGAAAUCUUUUUUUUCCUUCUGUCUUAAUGGUAGUCAUGACUACACUCUGCUGCCCAAAACCUACUGUGAAUUCUAUAUUUCAGAUCUCUGGAAGAAAUUUAACUGUAGACUUUGUGCAGAAAUCAUCCUUUUUUGACCCUGUUGACAGCAGUACAUUGAGUCUUAAUAGCAAGUGUAAGUGUAAUUGAAAUCAGGAAUACUUGUUCAAUAACUUUACUGUGAAAGCAAAAUACCAUGACAUCAUGUUAGCUAUCAAAACAAUCAUUACCGCUUUUCAGUUGCUGAGCCACAUAUUUGCAUUUUCUGGUUGUAAGGCUUACUUAGCUUGCUCAAUGUAACUUAAAUAAAUAAAUGUGCUGUUUAUCUGUCUCUG